UCUCGUGGGAGAACUCCCAGUUUCUCGUUAGCUGUCGUAGUCGCAACACUGAAAAUUUCCCACCAUUCCGAUCUCCUCACAACCGUGAACGUGCAAUUAAAUAAACAUUCAGUGCUUAUUAAGUCAGAAUGGCAGAAGCAAGUGAAUCAGUUGCACAAUACAGCAAGGAUGAACUCAAUCCACCUGACUUCUUGAAUCAGGAGUUCUUUCAAACUGUUCUUCAAGAUGCGGAAAAUGAUAAAGCUCUAAAGAUAACAAAACUAAAUAUAAUCCCCGGAACAAAACCAGGAGAUCACUUUGCCAGUGUCAUGUACAAGGCCAUAGUUUCAUACACCACGAAAGGAAAGGAUAUUGAUUCGCGAUCUCUUGUGGUGAAAACCUUACCAACUGAUGACAGUGUGAAGAAGGAGAUUCUGAAAGACAUGCCAAUAUUUGAUAGGGAAAUUGACAUGUACACGAAAGUUCUACCGGAAAUGAAGAAGAUAAUGGAUUCAAUUGGUGAUAAUGAACAGAUGUCACCAAGAAUACUUUACUAUAGCAGAGAACUCCCUAUUAUUAUUUUCGAGGAUAUCACAAAGCAAGGCUAUGAGAUGAAUCAGGAAUUCUGGGAUUUUGACAACACGAUAAAGAUUCUGAAAAAGCUCGCCAAAUUCCACGCACUUUCAUUCUACAUGAACGAUAACAAAUAUGCCCAUAAAAUGGAUUUUGAAAACUACAAACCUAUUCUGAUAACAGAAAAAUCGAUUGAUCAGAUGCAGACUUUCGUAAAUGGUUUGUCUUCGUUGGUAGAAGAAAUAGACACAUGGCCAGGAUUCGAAGACAUUGCCAGAAAACUUGAAGGCGUAAUACCAACAUUGCUAAAAGCAGUGCUUGACAUUUACAAACCUAACCCUGAACCUGGGUUCAAUGUACUUUGUCAUGGAGAUUUUAAUCUCAAGAAUUUAAUGUAUAAGAAAAACGGGAAGGAUAUUGACAAUAUGCUCUUCAUCGAUUUCCAAAUGUCUUUCUGGACAUCACCAGCCGUCGAUUUGUUGUACGUUAUGAAUGUUAUUGGGAACCAAGAAGUGAGACGAAGAAGAGGAGAAGCAGUCAUGAUAUAUCAUGAAGUUUUCACGGACUAUUUGAGCCGUUUGGGAUGCCUAAGAAAAGGUCCUUCUCUUCGAGAUCUGAAUAUCGAUAUGCUGAAGUAUGGGAAAGUUGAAGUUCACAUUGGCGUGGGUUUUAUGCCAAUAUUUUACUUAGAUUUCGCAAAUAAUGAUGUGGUUGCAGCAGCUGAUCUCACGAAUUAUAAUCAGAAAAAUUUUUAUGACGUUAUUUAUAAGAACCCUAAAAUUACUGAUAUAAUGAAAGAAAUUCUUCAAACUCUAUAUUAUAAAGGAUUACUGGAUUAAAAUUCACCAAAUUAUACAAGAACCAUGAACAAGACGGAUUCCUAGAAUUCUCUGUAACUUGAUUUGGAUGUGUGAAUAAAUUUAUCGUAAACACAGAUGGAUUCUUAAUACG